AUGGCACAAAAGAGAAGCUUGCAUGGUGGAGCGAACAGUUUCAAAGGAAAGAGGAACAAGAGACUCAAGGCGUCAACAACGAGCGAGGGUUCAAACGAAGAGGUCAUCUUGCAUGAUGUCCGCAGCCUUCUGGAAGAGUUGAAGUUGAAAGAUGCACCGACAGAACAGGAUGCGCUGGGUAAAGUCCUACCGCCGACUCCUUCAGAGCUGGAAGUGACCAUCUCUCGGAUAUCAUCGACGGGUGACGGACUAGGAGAAAAGAACGGUCAAGUCUACGUGGUGCCCUUCACAGCGCCAGGCGAUGUCGUUACUGCACGUGUAUACAAGCACUUCCAAGCAGAAUCAUACUCCCUCACCGACUUUGUCAAACUUGUGACACCUUCACAAUUUCGCGAAGGUGAACCGCCGUGUCAAUACUUCACACAAUGCUCCGGCUGCCAAUUUCAGCACCUGCCUUAUGCGUACCAACUCGCCCAUAAAAAGUCCGUCGUCGAGCGCGCAUAUAAGAACUUCUCCAAUCUGCCCGCCUCGGUCGUUCCGGCCGUCGGUGACACCAUUCCCUCGCCUCUUCAGUAUGGUUAUCGCACAAAGUUGACGCCGCAUUUUGAUGGUCCGCCGAGAUGGAAGCAGGAUAGACGACAUGGGGCGAAAGUUACAUGGCCGGAAGUACCACCGAUUGGUUUCAUGAAGAAAGGCACAAGGAAAACGAUCGACAUAGAGGACUGCCUAAUAGGUACGGAAGUCGUGCGCCUAGGGAUGAAACGGGAGCGUGGAAGAGUCAAGGAAGAGUUGAACAACUAUCAGAAGGGUGCCACUCUUUUGCUUAGGGAGAGUAUUGAAAGAGUCCCGGCGGAUUCUCCGGAUGCUCUCGAGAUCGCACGCAAGCAGGCGGAUACAGUUCUCGAGGAACGUGGUAACCAUGUCCACGUCAAAACGUGCAUCACCAACAACAGAGCCACGUCUACCGAAUACGUCGACGACUUCCGCCUCGAUAAUCCUGCUGGCGCUUUCUUCCAGAACAACUCCUCAAUUCUCCCAUCGGUCACAAGAAUCAUGCGCGAAGAACUCCUCCAAGCGCAAACCAUCACCACCAACGAAUCCAACUCAGAACCUGUCCCCAAAAUCAAAAACAUGAUCGAUGCCUACUGUGGCUCGGGCUUCUUCACCAUCACACUCUCCGGCAUGUUCCAGCGCAGCAUCGGGAUCGACGUCUCAUCCGAAUCCAUCGAGUUCGCGCGGAAAAACGCCGAACGCAACAACCUCCCACGCGACUCGACGCACUUCAUCGCCGCCGACGCCAACGCCCUCUUCGCCUCCGUCGACACGGCGAAAUUCCCGCCCGCCGAAACCGUCGUCAUCAUCGACCCGCCUCGUAAAGGCUGCGAUGAGAAUUUCGUGCGUCAACUCCUCCAGUACGGUCCGCAGAGUAUCUGCUACGUCUCCUGCAAUGUCCAUACGCAGGCGAGGGAUGUGGGUUGGAUGGUCGGCGGAUUGCCUGGGGGGGAUGCGGGAGGUUCGUCGUCGCUGUAUGAGCUGGAGAGUGUCCGGGGCGCAGACUUCUUCCCGCAGACGUAUCAUGUUGAGGCCAUUGCAAUGCUGCGCAGGAAGACGACGAUGACGGCGCCUGCUCCUGCGCCUCCCGCUGUUGUGAGCGCGGAGGCGUUGAGUGGUGAACAGGCUGUUUAG